GUUCCAUCACCUUCUUGUCCGAGAAGAAGAUCGUCUGAAAACGGCGUUUGUGCUUUUCGAAGGUAUGUGGCAGUGGAUUCGAUGUUCGAUGGUUAUCUGCAACGCCCCCGAGACCUUUCAGCGAGCCAUGAAUAUGGCUUUUCGAAACUUCGUACGGAAGACACGUUUGGCACAGAGCAUCAUUAACUACUGCGUGAUUGUGUACAUGGAUGACAUUCUGGUGUACUCGAGUUCCUACGAGGGACACAUGCAGCAUAUCGAAUGGGCGCUGCAUGCGUUACGAGAUGCGGGUUUCAAGGUGGCGUCUGAGAAGUGUCAGUUUUUCCUUACCACCAUCUCCUUUCUGGGAUACGUGGUAACAGACCAGGGACUCCAACCGGAGCCGCAGAAGUACCGUAGAUUUAUCAAGGGCUUCGCGGCGAUUGCGGGACCCCUCACAAAUCUACUGCGCAAAGAUCAGCCGUUGAUCUCAACGCCGGAGUGUGAUCAAGCGUUUUCGAAACUCAAGGCCGCUCUCAUUUCAGCUCCGGUCCUUAUAAGUCCGGAUCCCGAAAAACCUUUUGUGCUCAUUACUGACUGGCAGCCAGAGGCAAUUUCGGCGAUCCUUGCCCAGGUGGCACCAAGUGGACUCGAGAGCGUAGUGGAGUAUGCAUCCAAAUCGGUGCCCGCCUGCAAGUGCAACUACGCCGCUGCGACAGGAGAAUGCUACGCGGCGCUCUGGGGAAUCAGUCACUUUCGCGCUUACCUAUACGGGCGAAAGUUCACCUUGGUAACCGAUCAUGAGCCCCUGUUGGCUCUGAAGAAAUCGAAGGAUUACUCGGGCAUGAUCGGGCGAUGGGCAACGGUGCUGCAGAGCAUGGACUUUGACAUUCGUCAUCGGAAGCACGAGAGACACGGGAAUGCGGACGGACUGACACGACUGCACCGGCCCGAGAAGCUUCCGAAGAGUGAGGAGGUGAUUCCGUGGAACGAACCCGAAAAGGAGGUUGGGCCUCGGUACGGUCAAGUGGAGAUCUUGUCGAAGCAGUAAGUGACACGUGGACCAAUUUGUCUGUUCUACCCUCUCCACAGUUUAGACCCGUCUCUCCUCCUCUGUCAUCAUGACUACCCACCUGUCUCCGCAACCCCCUUUUCUCCUACUUAUUCUGCCCCUCUCACUUCCUCAGCUUUCUUCACCACCUUUCCUGACAAAUUCUGCUAUUUUUGCACGUGUAUUGCACGGGUUUAUGGGGUCGAUUAUCAUUCUUUUGAAACCGGGUUUGUCGACUGGGUAGAAUGUGCCACGUGUGUCAAUCGUGCGCACGGGGCCUGCGUUUGAUAUCGUACGAGUAGCAAGAAAUGGAGGUGCCCCCAGUGUAGAACGAACAAACUCCCCACAGAGGUUUUAUUCGAGGUCGCCCAUAUGGACGGCCUUGAAUAUGAUGAAAAAUACCGACGAGCGGAGGUUUGGACGGAUAAAAUUUUAUUGGCGAA